GGCAGCGGCAGUUGUCAUGGAGAUUGACUCCGGCCCGGCGUCGUCUCCAGGUACCGUUGCCAUGGGGACUCGGGUCCGAAAUUCGCUCUCCGCGGUAGAGGAGGAUGAAGGCGAAGAGAUGCACCGACACCGCAGCAGAAUCCACGGAAACUUCUCCAUGCUGAUAGUGAUCGGGGACAUCGGCACCGACCACCAGCUGCAGAUCGCCAAGCAGCACAUCGAGCGCGGGAUCCGCUCCUGGAACAUCAGCCUUGAAGACUGUGAUCUGAACAAACAGCUUCAGCUCUUUAUAACUAGACACUCCGCCCAAUUUUCUGCAGAGGUCAGAGGGCAAAGGACUCUACACCACAGAAGUGAUGUAUUGGAAACAGUUGUCUUAGUCAAUCCAUCAGAAGAUACAGUUCUUUCAGAGGUCCGGUCUCUUGUGUCUGACCCAGCUGUGCACAAACUACUGGUCCUGAGUGGGCAGAACUCGGACCAAGGUGACCUGGUUCUCCAAACUGGGGUUUUUAGUCACCAAGCUGUCUCACGUGUCUUGGCCGAUCCUGGGGUUGUUAGCGUGCUGGAAAAAGCUGUCCCCGGGCAGCGGGCAACGCUCACUGUGUCUUGCCGGGUUGAGGCAGGUUGGACAUCACUGGGACAGCCUUUGAGGGAGGUUAUGGAUUUCAAAUUGAAUCCAGAGCCCACACUUCCCAAAAUGGAAGGUGUGACAGACUUCACUGAAUAUAUUUCCGAGACAGUAGAUGUUCCAUCCCCAUUUGAUUUGCUUGAGCCACCCACAUCUGGAGGAUUCCUUAAGCUGUCCAAACCUUGCUGCUACAUCUUCCCUGGUGGUAGAGGGGACUCUGCUCUGUUUGCAGUCAAUGGCUUUAAUAUUUUGAUUGACGGUGGCUCUGAGAGAAGGUCAUGCUUUUGGAAGCUUGUCAGACACUUGGAUCGUAUUGACUCCAUUCUACUCACCCACAUCGGCGCUGACAACCUCCCUGGUAUAAAUGGACUGCUUCAGCGGAAGAUAGCAGAGCAAGAGGAAGAGCAAUCACAAGGCUCAACUACCUACAGUGACUGGAUGAAAAACCUUAUCUCACCAGAGCUUGGAGUUGUGUUCUUCAACGUACCAGAGAAGCUGCGCACAUCUGAAUCAAACUUAAAAGUCAAGCGUAGUAUUGAAGAGGCCUCUCUGACAUUGCAGUACCUUGACAAGCUUGGAAUGACACCUGAACCUCUUUUCCGAGUAGUUAGUAAUACAAUUGAACCUAUCACUCUAUUUCACAAGAUGGGUGUGGGCAGGUUAGAAAUGUUUGUCCUCAAUCCUGUGAAAGACAGUAAAGAAAUGCAAUUUCUUAUGCAGAAAUGGGCAGGUAAUAGCAAAGCGAAAACUGGCAUUAUUUUACCCAAUGGAAAGGAAGGAGAAAUUUCUGUGCCAUACUUAACAUCUAUAACAGCUCUUGUGGUGUGGCUCCCUGCCAGUCCAACAGAGAAGAUUGUUAGAGUUCUAUUCCCUGGCAAUGCUCCACAGAACAAAAUACUUGAGGGCCUUGAAAAGCUAAAACACCUGGACUUUUUGCGUUAUCCAGUGGCAACUCAAAAGGACAUUGCUUCAGGGGUCUCAUCCUCUGUGACAAAACAACCAAAAUUAAAGCAAAGGGCUGAAAGCAAAGAAAGUCUUAAGUCGUCUCCCAAGGCACACACACCUACCAAGAUUGUAAAGAAGGAAACUGAAGAAGAAGACACAUCCAUCCUUGAGACGAAGACUGAAACUGUCAAAGAGAUCAAAACUGAGAAGAAGGAGGAGAAAAAACAUACUCGACCAUUGAAACCAAAAACCGAAGUAACUGAAAAGAAAAAGUUAUUAAAGGAGAAAUCAAUUAAAAAAUCCACCAAAGAAAGAGCAACUAAAAUGGAUGAGAAAAAGGACAAGGAGAAGAAAGAGAGCAAGAAAGAUAAACAUGAACUAAAGAAAGAUGACUCUGUGAAAAAAGAUGAGAAAAAAUUAAAGAGUAAAGAUGUUUUAAAACCAGAAUUAAGGAAAAUAACCAAACCUGAGCUAAAACCCUUUACACCAGAAGUCAGAAAGACUCUUCAUAAGGCAAAAACUCAAGGAAAACCCAAAACAACUAAGAGCAAGGCUCCUAAGGUAGACACCAUUGUAGAACCAGAUUCCAAGAAACCUGAGUCUGAAAAACAAGAGAAAGAAGCAACAGAGGUUAAAUCUGUUCCCUCAACUCCAGAAGAUCUGACAAAAGAUUUUGAGGAGCUCAGAGAAAAAGAAACACUGAUAGUUCAAUCUGAGGCAGAGAAAAUUGCCCAGGCACCUUCCAAAAUAUCAGUUGAAGAAGAACUUGGACCAAUCCCUGACACUACUUCUGAGAAAGAGGCAGUAUUUGAUUCUCAGAGUACAGGGGAACCCCAGGAAACACAAUCUCAAGAUAAGGAAGAAGCCCUUUUACCAACAGAUAUCAAAGAAGAACCUGAGAAAACUGCAGAUGAGUGCCAGUUGCAGGAGGCUGAUAAAUUUGAAGAUGAAGGGACUGCUAUAGAGGAUGAAGAGGAGGAGGAAGAAGAAGUGUUGACAGUUGAGAAGAAGACAGUAGAAGAGGAAGAAGACAUGGGAAUAGGGGAAGAGGAAGACGAAGCUUUGGUAAAAGAUACUAAAGAUAUGGAAGGAAUUGACAGAAAACAUGAAGUUGAGGAAAUGGAAAAACACAUAAGCAGAGAAGAGCUUACUGACCAAACAAAGGCAGAACUUGAGGAAGUGCAUACAGAAGAUGAAUAUGUAAUUGAAAAAGCUGAACUAGAGGAGGCAGAAGAUUUGGAUGCCAUUGCAGAUGAAGAAAUCAAAGAUGUCACUGAUGAAAAAGUUACAAAGGAAUGGGAGUAUAAGACAGACGAGGAUACUCAUGCACCCAAAGAGGAAGAGGUUGCAUCCGCAGUUCAAGGAGCAGCUGCAGCAGAGAGUUUAUCCUAUAUUCAAGAUGAGACUAUACCUGGUUACUCAGAAACUGAGCAGACCAUCUCAGAUGAAGAGAUUCAUGAAGUAGCAGAGGACAGGAUACAUCACCUUCAGUAUGAAGUCAGUCCAUAUAAUGUCUCAGUACCAGAUCAACCAGGUUCAUUUGAUGCAAUCCAUGGUAUGAAAGAAAUGCAAACCAUGGGUGAUGAAACAGUAAAACCAUUUAUGGCUAUCCAAGAACCUGCAAUUUCUCUGUACACCAGCAUAAUUGCUGCUCCACUGGCAGAGGAGGAACAUGUUUCUUCAGCAACAUCCAUCACUGAAUAUGAAAAAGUGUCCUCUUUUCCAACCUCCGUUACUGAGGAUCAGUCAGUGGCAUCUGUCACAGCACCUCAGACUGAGGACACUGGAAAGAGCUCACUGGAUUUGGACACAGUAAAUAUUGUGCAUCCAAUAACACAAACAGAAGCUACUCAAGGAAAAGACUACUUAUACUCUGCUGGAACUAUCUCACCAACAUCCUCCCUGGAAGAGGACAGGGGCUUCAAAUCACCUCCUUCAGAGGAAUUUCCACCUCUUCCCUUGGAGGGGAAGAUAGAGGAACUUGAGCUCACUGCUCACCAUGAUGAAGAUGAGGAGGAUGAGUACGAAGAUCAAACACCGAAUGUUGACAUGACACUUGGAAAACUACAGGAGGAAUAUGCUGUGUCCCAGAGACUAGAAGAGAAAGCAAAAGAAAGUGACAAGCCAAGGAGUCCUGAGCCAGGCACACUGGACAAAAAAUCUUCAUUCUCUCCUGAGCUGGAGGAAAGGACAGUCUCACCAAUUAGAGAAGAGACUAUUUCUAAAGCAGUAGUUUCAGAUUUUGGUGGUUUUACUGAGACUGAAGAUCGAUGCUUCAGUCCAGAUGACAGCACUGUGAAAAUGGCCUCUCCUACUCAGUCUGGACCACCUAGUGCCACCCAUUCCCCUCUUCGUUUAUCACCAGUGGAAGAUAAAGCCAAGACAUUCUCUGAACCUUUGGAGCAAAAGCAGGAGAAACUGGUUUCCCCCUCAGAGCUUAAAAUGGAUGAGCAUGAAAAACAAAGUAUACAAAUUGACCAGGCAGAGGAAUAUAAAUCAGACACUAUCACAGAACCUGAUAAAAAAGAACUACAGACACAGGAAGAAAAGGAACAGUCUUUGGGGGAAGUGAAGGAAUUAUCUCAAGAUGCAAAGUUGUCCACUACUGUAACUACUGCACCCACAACAACGGAGGAAGUUUUAAUGACAAUGGAAGAUUUGGUCACAGAUCAAGAUACAAUCAAAGAAGGAAAAAAGACGAGUAGAGAUGAUGAGGAAAAAUAUCAAGACAUUAUCCAUGUCAAAUCUGUAGAAGGUGGAGAAAGCAUGUCGUUUGAGGAUCGUAGUCAUACAGAUGAAGCACUUGGGGUUAAAGAUGAGAAAAGAGAAAAAGAAAAGGAACUUUAUGAAGAUGAGAAAGAAAAAGAGGAAAAACAAGAUAUUGAUAAAGACACAGAUGUGUCAGUAUUAGAAUCUACAGAAAAACAGACAAAACUAGCACUGCAGGAAUGUAUAUCAGGAUCAGAGAAAAUAGAUUUGUCUAAAAAGGAAAAGGUGUCUCCAAAAGUUUGUGACAAGACAGAAAGUCAGACUAAGCAAGAUCAAGAAUCUGAAGAGAAACAUAAAGAUAUUCCUCAAGAUGUAGAGUCAAAAACCAAAACUGCUGACCUCUCUAUCAAACAGGACCUUGAAACAAAAGAGACAGAUGUGGCCAGUAAAGAAGCUCAAGACUUACAAAUAUUACCAUCUACACAAGUUGAAACAUCGGAUGAAGCUUUGACAAAAGACAGAAAGAAGGAACAACCUGAUGGUGUAUUGACAGCACCAGAAAAAAUAGACAAAUUAGAUGAGACCAUGGCCAAAAAAAUAGAAGUUACUACAGCUGUAACACCGCAGCCCACUUCCAAAGAUGUUGAUGCAUCUUUAAUUAAAAUAGAGUCUAAAGAAACAGAGAAAGAAAACAUUAAGCCUCAAAUACAAGAAUUAACUUUGGAAACAACAGACAAAACCUUUGAAGAAGAUGUGGAUGAGAGGCAUUCCCAGACAUCACUGCUGGAAGACAAAACAAAACUGGAAGAACAAUGCAAAGAAGAGCCCAAGGAAGACAUGUCCUCUCAAAUACAGCACCCAGACUCACUGGGACAUGUAUCUCCAAAAACAGAUAAACAUGUAGUGGAGACUGAGUUAGUUAUAGAAGUACAAGAUACCGUGGUGGUAUCAAAACAAGUUGAAGAAUCUAAGGAAGACCAAACAGAACAAAUACCAAGUCUGGAUACGACAGAUUUAUCGUACAAAAGUGAGGAGGACACUACAAAGAAGGCUUUUGAUGAAAAAAUGGACGAACCAGUAAAAUCUAGCCUUGACUUUAAAGACAAACAUAUGACAGAAGUUCAGCCAGAAUUCUUCCAGGUACCCUCAGAGGAAAAACAUUUAGUGGUGAAAGAGGAUCAACUGUCUAAGGAGAAAAUUGGGCCUCAGUCAGAAAUAACAUGCAAAUAUGAUGAAGGAUCCACAACAAAACAUGAAGAGGAAUCCGAAUCUAUAGCAGAUCUUAGUUCAGAAAAGACAGAAAUACCUUUCAAAGCAGACCAAUCAGAUCAAUCUAAAGAUGAAAAACUAAGCAAAUCUGAAACACCAACAGAUAAAGACAAGAUCGGGGAAGAUAUUGCACCAAAAGAAUUAGUUCCAGGAAAAGUGGAUGAUUUCCCAAAAGUUGAUCAUGAAGCCAAGGAUAAAGAUAUAGCAGAAGACAAAUCCAAAGCUUUCGAACCUUUUUCUGAGAAAACCGAUUUAGCAGACAAAGAGGAUCAGUACUCUAAAGAAAAACAAGAGCUUCAAAUGGAAGAAGUUUACAUACCCACAUCCACUUCAGAAAGAACACAUGUAACUGACAAAGAUCAAGAAACUAAAGAGGUACAUACAAUAGUCAGCAAAACACAAGAGCUUUAUUUAUCUUCUCAAAUACCAAAAGUAGAUCAAGCUGAAAUACCUGAUGAAACAGUCACUUCAGUACCUGAAUUGGUAUCCAAGGAAAGUCCCAUCAAAUCACUAACUGAACACACUCCUACAUCUGAAUUAGAUAAAGUAAUGGAUUUAAAAGCUGAUUUACCAUGUACAGAAGAACCUAAAAAGGAGGAUACUCCCAUACCUGUGACUCAAAUACCACUGGAUCAAGAGCCAGAGAAACCAGCUCUAGAAGGAACUAAACGAAUCUCGUUGUCAAGUUCAGAGACAGAAGAUGUUGAAGACCAGACAGAUCUUGUAGAUAGAACACAACUGCACAAAGAUGAAGAGCACCUGUCAGCCUAUGAAACUGAGACCUUCUUGUCAGUAUCUGAGAAAAUGGACAUUGGCUCUAAGUUGAAUUUAGAGUAUAAAGAAAAGUGUCUUGACGACAUUAAAACUGGAGCUUUAUAUUCAGUAAAGGAAAAAACAGAAAGUAGUAUAAAAACGUCAUUGGGCACUGAAUUUCCAACAAAAUACUCAGAUAAUGAAGUAAGUCCAGAAGAAGAUGAAGGAGAUGCUGUCUGCAUGGGGGGUGCAGGUUCAAGACCAUUGUCAGUAGAACCACGGGUCUUAGAAGAAAGUAAGGAAAGUUCAACCGAACAAAUCCCAUCUCCAUCAGGUGCUUUAAAAGAUGAAUCAGCAAUUCAGUUAGAUGACAAAAGUGUAUUGAAAGAAUUAACAAAGAUUUCACCAGAGUUGGAGAAAGAAACCAUGGCACCAAAAACCACAUCUAUUCCAAUAACUCCUUUAGAACAUACCACCACGGUAACAACGCUUGAGCUAUCGUCUCCUGCAUACAGUCAGUCAAGUGUUGAGAAAAAACCUGAAACGCUGCCUCCAUCAACAGACAUUAAACCUGAAAAGGAAAUGCAGAGGGAGAUGGAAAGAGAGCGUGAGAUGGUCUCUCCAGUGUUAGAAACAUCUUUGUCAUGUUUUAAAAAAUCAGACAGUUUUGAAAAGACACAAACGGAAAAAGAGCAAACGGAUGCCCACACCACUUAUCAACCAGAAAAAUGGAGCUACGAAGCUUCUAAAUAUGAGCCUUAUGAAAAACCAGUCUCAGAGGAUCUUGAGAAGGACAGAGAGGACAAAGGCAAAUUUUCUAAAACAAACCUUGACAUAAAUGUAGGUGACAGCAGAAGGGCUAGCCAGUCAUCAUUGCAGGGAGCUGCAUGCCAAAUAGAUGAACAAAGUGAUGAAGAACCAGUAUCAUUCAGCAAGGUUGACUAUGACAUGUCUUUCUCAGAGAUGAAGACUAGUGUCCUUAGUGAACCAAGUACCUGCUCUGAGCAAGAUAAUAAAAUGAGAUACCAGGAAGAAGAAGCAGCUAGAAUGAGAGUAGAUGACACCUUGCAUGAUGACAGAAAAACCACCUCUGUAUCUGAAUCAAGUUAUUUUUCUUCCAGUGAAGUCCAUGACAAAUCAGAGAAAUUAGAAAGAGAAGAGAAAGAGAAAGAGAAGGAACCUGCCAAAGAGGACACAUGCUCUCUCCACAGAGAAGAAGAAAAAGACACUUAUUCUGAAUUGUCAUCAACAUUACCAUGUCCCUCAGCUUCUAGUCUGCCACAACCUGAAAAGUUAGACAUUGCUAAAGAGAAAAAGAAGACAGAAGAGACAGUGGCUACAUUACAUGAACAUGUAUGUGAUAAUACUAUGUCAUCACUUCAAGCUGGGACUCAUGUAGAUGAUAUGACAUCCAAACAUGGGAUGGUUUCAGGAGAUCAGAUAAGUUCGGAGACCACAACAAUACAGUCAACGUCAUAUCAACCUGAGACCAUUCCAGAGAGUCAAACCAGAACAAGUGAAAAUGAGAUGCCAAUAAAGUUAGCAAAGCAAGUAGAAGAAGAUUCAUCAGAUGGCAAAAAAGAGCAGAUUUCAUCUGGUACACAUACACUUCCAGAGACAACUAUGAUGCCUGCUCAAUCAACUUCUAUAGAUGUAAGCAGCCAUGUUUCCACUUUAUCGUCUGAGGAGCACUACAGUGUCCUUGCAUUAGAGCACAGAAGUGCUCUGGCCAGCAAAUCACACAUGGCAAUUGAGGAGACAGUCAAAAGUGAACAAAUCUUUGCAGAAGCAGAAGGUGAUUAUGAAGGUGAGGAAGGUGAAGAGGACGAGGCCAGUGAUUUAGGAAUGGAAAAAGGUGCCAGAGAGACGUCUGAGAAAGAAUCCAAAACUGAAUCUGAUACAGUGGAUUCUAAAUCAAAUGAGAAAAAACAAGAGCAGCCAUGUGUAGCAGAAUACUCACCUAAAACCCAUAAGGAGGAUGUUGUAUCAGUAGCUUUAACAGAUCCUUUACAGGGGGAGACAGCCGAAUCAUUUUACAAAGAACCUGUUACAACCUCUUGUGAGACAGUUACAACAGGUCUGAAAUCUGCAGAUGAGGUAGUUAGCACAGACACCAAACAGUCCAAGGAAAAGGACAGGAGUUUACCACAUCCUGAUCUAAGCAAGAGUAGUGAGAUUAAACAUGAAGGCGAGUUAGAGAAGACUUCUGAUAGUAAACAUGAAGGUACCUGUGCACAAACUGUCACAUUAGAUACCACUCAAUCUUCAUCCUCUUCAUCCUACAGUUAUUCAUCGUCAACCUCCGCCUCAUAUUCUACAGGUCAGCACUUUGCUGAGGGACUUUUAGAGACUCCAAAUACAAUACCAAGUGCUCAUUUGAGGACUGAUGUCGAUAGUAUGUCAUAUGAGUACUCUUCUAUCAAAGAAGAGGAAUCUCUUGCAAUAGAUUCAUCCUAUUUAAGCUCUGGAGUACAGUCAAGAGAUGAAGCCAUGGAAGUUUCUGAAAGGCUCACAUCUGCAACAGCUGAAUCUGUAUCCAGUCUUGCAAGGUUUUCACCACUUAGUCCACUGGAGGAGACAAAAUCUUUCCUUCAAGACCAUAUAUCAUCAACAGAGGAUAAAUCAGAGGAAGAAUUAGCAAGUAUUAAAUCAGACAAAGAUCAGUCAUCUGACCAAAAAGACAUUUUAGCGACUGACUCACCGUGCUCGAAAUCCCCUGGUUCUGCAAAAACUGUACUUCAACAGCCUGAGGAGGCUUCUGCUUUAUCAGCUAUGUUUGAUAUUGCUCCACUAAAGAAAGCUGACUCAUUAGAUAAACACCCCUAUGAAGAAUCAUCUGACACUGAACAAGAAGAAGGGACAUUACCUUGUAGAAUCGAAUGUGAACGAGCUGCACCCCAUGAUGAGAAAGGAAUCACAGAAUUAUUGGCCGGACAACAGGCUGAUGUCACCUUAACCAUGCCCUCUGUUCAGGCUAAUUUAGAGAAACAGGUGGCACAUUUGUCAGUCGAACAGUCAUCCAAUGGACCAACAGAAGUUUGUACAGACUCCCAAGUAGUUUCAAAUGAAGUAGGUGAACUUGGCACCAUGUGCCUUUUAGAUUCAAAAGAGAAAGAAGAGAAAAAAGAUCAAGAAAAGGAAGAGAAAAAGGAUCAUGAGAAAGAAGAGAAAAAAGAUCAUGUUAAGGAUCACGAGGUAGAUUGCACGAAACAAAAGCCAGAAGAUCAAGCAGACCAGCAGAAGGAGAAAGAAGAUGUGUUGAAGGUAGAGGAGAUAAUCCCUGGCAAAGAGAUAAUGGGUGACAAGAAAGAGGGAAAAGAAGAAGGGCAGGAUAAGGAGGAGGUUAAAAUGGAGUGUGAAAAGAUUGAUGUGAAAGAGGAGAAACAAGAAAUGCAAGUUAAAGAGAAAUCUGAAGAAAAAAAAGAGAGUAAAGAAAUGGGUGAAUUCAUGACUGAAGUAAAAGAGGACUGCAAAGAGAAAGAACAGAUGGAAAAGGUCAAAGCUGAAUCUGACUGCAAGACAGAAGAGAGAAAGCAAACAGUGAAAGUAGAUUUGCCAGAAAAAGAUACAAAGAAAACAGAUGGAGAUGAGUCAAUUCAAAAAAGCACCUCCGCCUCUGAGAUGACUCAGAAGACUACUACAUGUUCCACAGCUAUAUCUGAUAGUACGUUGGAUGCGUCUAAACACCUUCAAGAGGGGAAAGAUAAGAAAGAACAGCUGGAAUAUGACUUAAAAGGGCAGAAAGAUCAUUCAAGUGAACACACCCCUAAGCCCUUAAAAGAAUCAGAGGACGAUGUCACUCGACCUUCUGACCUCAGCAUGGAUGUCAGGUCGUCUCACUCACCUUCACUAUACAAACAUCGCAAAGGAGAACUUUCGCCAUCAUUUAUUAAUCCAAGCCCACACCAUUUAUCUAGUGAGGAGGAAGAAGAGGAUGCCAGAAGUGAUUGCUCAAAGGAUGACGAUUUUGAUGAUGAACGCGAACAACAUUCUGUCAAACGAAGAUCUCACAAACAACAGCGCCAUCAUUCUCAUGGCUACCAUGGAGAUAGCAAGGAAGGUACACAUGGUCCUGCAAGUGGCAUGGCAAGUGGACAUGGAGUAUCGCUUGCAGGAGAGGAAACCCCUCCAACCUCUUUGAGUGAGUCUCUUCCUUCUCAGUCUGACUCAGACGUACCACCUGAGACAGAGGAAUGUCCAUCUAUCACAGCUGAAGGAAACCUUGACUCUGAUGAGGAUGCAGAGCAUUUACCAGUGGACAAAAUGUCUGCUACUAGUGCAAGUGGAGGUGGCAUCCAGUCAUCAUCUCCAAGAACCCAUGAUCCUCCACCUGCUCCGAUGAAGGACCCAGUCCCUCAGCCUCCCAAACCUGAUGUGUGCAUGGUUGACCCAGAAGCUGUUUUAAAUGGGCAAAGCCACACAGAGAGACCUAUGAAGAAAGAUAUUAAAACCAACAAAGGGUUGAGGAAAACUCUAGGGAAGCAAAAGUCUGCAUCUCCAGCACGUAAAGGUGAUGGUAGAAGCAGGAGGUCCACAACACCUGUAAAACAGGCAUCCAAAGACUCCUCACCUCAUGCCCCUUCUAUUAAAAGAUUAGAUUCUGAGAAGACCCUCCGUGUGUCUCGCACACCUGAGACUCAGGGUUCUAAGGGAGACAACUUUCCAGGAAAAGGACUUGUCAAUGGUCUAAAGAGCAAUGCAGGUGCAAACCAGAAGUCGACCUCUGGAGCUCCCCCUGGACCACCGUUCUAUGUUGACCUUGCCUACAUUCCAAAUCACUGCAGUGCUAAAAAUGUAGACCAAGAAUUUUUUAAACGGGUGCGUGCUGCUUACUAUGUAGUAAGUGGAAAUGACCCAGGCAGUGGAGAACCAAGCCGUGGAGUACUGGAUGCCCUGCUUGAAGGCAAAGCACAGUGGGGAACCAAUCUGCAGGUGACACUGAUUCCUACCCAUGACACGGAGGUGACUCGUGACUGGUACCAGCAAACUCACAAGAAGCAACAGGAUCUGAAUAUAAUGGUCUUGGCCAGUAGCAGCACAGUCGUUAUGCAAGAUGAGUCUUUCCCUGCCUGCAAAAUAGAAUUUUAGGCAUGCUUUAUAUUUAGAGACAAAUAAUUUCUCAUUAUUAAUUUAGACAAAUUAAGACAGUGUAUUCCUUGCCACCCACUGCAUCCCACCAACUGCCGGUUAUAGUUCGUAUCUUAGCCUGCAACAGCAGCAAAUCCUUGUGCUCCAAGGCCUUAAUAUUAAGCUAUUGUUUAGAAUCCUGAUUUAUGUUGUGUGCUAUUUCAUUUGGCUUGCAAGACCUAGGCAAAGACUGUGAGGUUAAUUUAAUAGAGGUUGUGCCGAAAGUCUCGAGUUUGUUCUAUGUUUAGUUUAUUCCCAUAUUCUCAAUGGUAAUUUUUAAGAGAGACCUGCUCACAUUCUAAUGCCCAAAAUAUGAAUAUGAAGCACAAAAUACCCUCUACAUUUUCUUACUAAAAUAACAUCAAUUCACUAUUUCCCUCAUUAUCAGGGUUAACAGGCUUUGCUAUAAGUUUAUAGUAAUAUUAAUCUGAAAUGAACAUAGCACCCUGUACAAGUAAUUUGCUAUUAACUCUCCAUUUCAGACGACAAAACCGAGAAAAAGUAUGAGUAAGAUAUCAAAUCAGUUUAUAUAAGUUUAAAGACUUAAACCAUGCUAUCCUGAAAAGGCACAUACACUGCAUAUACCAGCAAAAACAAGCUAGCAACCAGCCAAUAAACAAGCAAACGGACAUGCAAAGCAUAUGCAAGUGCCAAAUCUAAAUUCUAUAGGCAAUUAACACAGCUUGAAAAACUCAGUUAAACAUAUUCUGAGAUAAAUUCAAAAUAUAUUGUUUAUGAUCUGUGACCGUGGGGUUGUAAGUAAAGUUUUUUUGCGUCUUUAUGGAAAUGGCACAGUAAAUGACCAGCAACUUUGUGGUAUUUGGCUGACUUGUGUUGUGGGUCAUGUAAAAAAAAAUUGCAGUAUUUAGGGGUUUAGUUUUUAUAAUUUAAUGUCUUUUUUGGGGAGUUUCACAGUUUUACAUAAGAAUGAUUUGUGAAAGGGGCUAAGAUGCAGUACAAUUCAGCACAAUGUUCUGAUUCUGAUAACCAUUUUACAGAAACAGUUACACGUUGUUUAAAGCCAGAAAUAAGUCAUUAGUUCUUUGGUUUAAAUGGAGGUACCAGUGGUAAGAUGUAGCAGUACAUGUGAGUGUGUAAUUGAAGACUUGCAUAAGAAUUGAGCACUAUUUUACAUAUACACUGUAGAAAUAGAGCGCAUGGGUCCCUGUCAUGUGCCUUCUGCAUUAAACAUUUAGAGACAGGAAAGAGUUUACAUUAAAAUGUCAAAAUACUUUAAAUCACAUGGAAAAUGAACAGCAUUUUGCAAGGUUAACCAGAUUUUAAGGAGAAGGAAUCCUUAGUAAAGUCCUUAGUAGCCUUAUUCCAGAUGUACAGUGACAUGUAAUGGACUGUCUUAUUCUAAAGUGUAUCCCAAACAAUGAAAAAUUAUAAAUAUUUCAUUAUUUUGCACAAAGAAAGAUUGUAAAUUUUAAUGUGAAAUAAGAGCCAUUACAAUAAAAGAGUAUGGUAGAUAAAAUGCAUGUAAAUAUUUACAUAAAUUACACUGGGAUUAUUCAAUUAUUUUUCAUUAAAUAGAAAUAUUUAUUGAUAAGAACUGGGACACAGAGAAUAUUUACUAAAGCCUGAAUAUAACGUAGUUAAUUGAAUCUGGUAUGGCAUCCUAAAUGUAUAAUCAUGUGUGUCUGUUAUGGAAUGAGUUUAAAGGCCAGUCUAUGUAUAUACAUUCGGAUUAAGUACAUUUAGGCAUUUGCCAGACGCUCUUAUCCAUAGCGACAUUUUUUUUUUUAUCUCAUUCUGAGCAGUUGAGGGUUAAGGGCCUUGCUCAAGGGCCCAACAGUGGCAACUUGGUGGUUGUGGGGUUUGAACCUGGGAUCUUACGAACCGUAGUCCAAUGCCUUAUCCACUGAGCUACCCCUGGCCCAAGUACAAAUAAUAUAAAAUCCCUAGGGCAACAUGAUGACCAUAAAUAGUUUGAAUUUAGUUCAUUUUAUUAGUUCUUAUAUUUACUUGAUAGCUUCAGUGUUACCUUUGGAUUUACCUGAGCCUGUUGUUUAUGAGAUUGUCAUGUUUCAUUUUUGAAAAAAACACAAUGCAAAUGUGUCUAUGCCUCUGUCAUUAUGUAUAUGUAAAUGCUUAUUCAGUCUUAGGUUUUGUACAAAAACAGUUGACCAGUGUUUUGUUCAUAUUUACAUGUGUGGUUUGCAGAACAGAAAGAAAAGUCAGGGACUGUGUAUGACAGAUUUAUGCCCUAAUUCCUGUGACAAACUUUUUUUUAAUAAGCUAAAUCUAAAUGAACAAUGUUUUUUUUCUUCUUUUUUU